GUGCACGAUGUGAUAUGCUCAUCUAUGUGGCUAGUAUUGAAAUAUUUAUGUUUUUUUUUUCUAUUUUUCCUUCUUGCCUCAUCUUUCUCUGCUUUAUUGAUGCCUUUUGUCUUUUACACGUCGACCCUAUCAUUUCAGAUUAACCCUCCUUUAGUUGCUUUGUUUCGGUGACUUUUAAUCGCAUAUUUUAGUUGAAAUUAAACUAGCGCCAUUCUUUGGAAGUAGAAUUCUUGUCCCUUGUGGUGAUUAGAUAUUGGUAGUUUUAUUCCCAUGAUUUACACACUGCUUUGUGCUGAUAGAGAAUCUCAGAAUCACCUCUUUGGUGAGUUACAAGGCUCAGUAAAGAGAUUGGCUGCCAGGCCCUCCUAGAGGAAAAACAUGCAGGGUUCCCUACAUGUUUUGUAAUGAUUCGCACUGACCUAUUUGGCAGGAUAACACCUUUACUAGCAUUCUUUAGCUUCUUUUAUGAAAGAAAGCAGACUGCACUAAUUUGGACAAGAGUUUUCUUAAAUCAUUAGGCUUUGAUGGGUCAUUUUUUCUUUUGAAAGUGCUUUGGUCUUUUUCUUGGCAUGAGCCUCUAGUGGGGCAAACUGCCAGCUUUAUGCUUCCACUACACAGGCAUGCUUGUCUGCAUAAGUGCAUAGCUGCAUUUGAAGAUCAUGGAAUGUGCUUCCUUCUGGACUCAGCACACACACAUCUGUCGUGAUUGCUCCAGGACUGGUAGUUACUGAUAUAAACAGAUGCUGAUAUUGUUCAUUUAGUCCAGUUGAUUCAGAGACACCUCUUAUGGGCUAUAAAAUUUUUGAAGGUUCUUUGGUUCUACUGUCGUUACUUCUUUUCACCUCAUUGGCCGUGGCAGACAUCGCCUCUGAGAAGCAAGCGCUCCUUGCUUUUGCCUCUGCAGUCUACCGUGGGAACAAACUCAAUUGGGAUGUAAACAUUUCUUUGUGCUCAUGGCAUGGUGUAACUUGCUCGCCGGACCGAUCACGCAUAUCUGCCCUUAGGGUACCAGCUGCUGGCCUGAUUGGUGCAAUUCCUCCAAAUACCCUUGGCAGGCUUGUCUCCCUCCAAGUGUUAAGCCUGAGAUCUAAUCGUUUGAUUGGAAGUAUCCCAUCUGAUAUCACCUCACUUCCUUCUUUGCAGUCCAUAUUUCUUCAGGAUAAUGAACUGUCAGGAGAUUUGCCUUCUUUUUUCUCUCCAACCCUUAAUACCAUUGACCUAUCCUACAAUUCCUUUGCAGGACAAAUCCCUGCAAGUUUGCAAAAUCUUACUCAAUUAUCUACCCUGAACUUGUCAAAAAAUUCUCUCUCUGGACCUAUCCCUGAUCUCAAACUUCCGAGCUUAAGACAGUUAAAUCUGAGCAACAAUGAGUUGAAUGGCUCAAUUCCUCCCUUCCUUCAAAUAUUCUCAAACAGUUCAUUCUUGGGGAACCCUGGAUUGUGCGGGCCACCUCUAGCUGAAUGUUCUCUUCCUUCACCAACAUCCUCACCAGAAUCUUCAUUACCACCACCAUCAGCAUUGCCACAUCGUGGGAAGAAAGUAGGUACUGGCUCUAUAAUUGCAGCUGCAGUUGGGGGCUUUGCUGUAUUUCUGCUAGCUGCUGCGAUAUUUGUCGUGUGCUUUUCUAAGAGGAAGGAGAAGAAAGAUGAUGGAUUGGAUAACAAUGGUAAAGGCACUGAUAAUGCAAGGAUUGAGAAGCGCAAAGAGCAAGUCAGUAGCGGUGUCCAAAUGGCCGAGAAGAACAAAUUGGUUUUCUUGGAUGGAUGUAGUUAUAACUUUGACUUGGAGGAUUUACUGAGAGCUUCUGCCGAAGUCCUUGGUAAGGGGAGCUAUGGGACUGCCUACAAAGCUAUACUUGAGGAUGGCACCAUAGUGGUCGUUAAGAGGCUAAAGGACGUCGUGGCAGGGAAGAAAGAAUUUGAGCAGCAAAUGGAGCAAAUUGGGAGGGUAGGCAAACAUGCAAACCUUGUGCCUCUUCGCGCUUACUACUACUCAAAGGAUGAGAAACUUGUCGUCUAUGAGUAUGUUGCCACCGGCAGCUUUUCAGCCAUGUUGCACGGUAUUAAGGGUAUUGCCGAGAAGACCCCGUUAGACUGGAAUACCAGGAUGAAGAUUAUACUUGGAACAGCGCGUGGUAUAGCACACAUUCAUGCAGAAGGCGGCUCCAAGCUCGCCCAUGGCAAUAUCAAGGCAACCAAUGUACUCCUCGACCAAGACCACAACCCCUACGUCUCAGACUACGGGCUGAGUGCCUUGAUGAGCUUCCCCAUCAGCACAUCCCGGGUUGUUGUCGGUUACCGUGCUCCAGAGACCUUCGAAUCCAGGAAAUUCACUCACAAGUCCGAUGUUUACAGCUUCGGUGUUCUCCUCAUGGAGAUGCUGACUGGAAAAGCACCCCUUCAGUCGCAAGGACAGGACGAUGUCGUGGAUCUACCAAGGUGGGUGCAUUCCGUGGUCCGGGAGGAGUGGACCGCUGAGGUGUUCGACGUUGAGCUGAUGAAGUACCUGAACAUAGAAGACGAGCUGGUGCAGAUGCUUCAGCUCGCAAUGGCGUGCACGUCGCGAUCCCCUGAACGGCGCCCGACGAUGGCGGAGGUGAUCAGGAUGAUCGAGGAGCUCCGGCAGUCUGCUUCAGAGAGCCGCGAUUCCUCCAACGAAAAUGCCAGGGAAUCCAAUCCUCCUUCGGCGUAAUGCCUGACGAGCUGCUGUGUGGUUUACUGGUUUGUAUGUUUGCAGGUUGCAGCAAUUCAUUUAGAAUUAAGGCUGGUCGUGAUGGCCUCUUCAAUGUAGCCAGAAGCUUUCAGCACUGGCACUAUGUAGAAGCAUUGCAUGAUGCGCAAGUUGAUUUGCUGGCUUCUUGACCUGUAUUUACAUGCUGUGCUCCGGUGUUGGUAACUUGCGUUCAUUAGAAAUUGUCACUAGGGAGUCUUUUUCUAUGGGGAAAGAAAAAUCAAGGUAGAGGAGACAACGUGAUUGGCAGUUUA